UUAAUGUCGAAAGAUAAAGGAGUAAAACUACCUACUUCAAAAAAUAUUGAGGUAUACUUUUAAAACGAUUAACUGCCUAUUUUAAUGGAAAUUUAAUUAUUAAAAGUCUACAAAACCUAAAAAUAUACAAUUUUGCAGAUAAAAUUGGAUAUUUUGAAUAACGAAGAAUUGCAGAAGGAACUAAAAGCUCUCAAAGACGUUUUUGCAGCGUCUUACGGUCCGACAGGACGGUAAAAUAUUUACAAAUUUAUAUUAUAUAAAUAUUUUUUUCUGAAUUUUACAGCCCAAUGAGCUCUAUGUCAAUUACUCAAUACUGGAGUGAGCACCGCCGUAACUUUGGACGUGAUCUUUUUCUCUCAUUUAGGACCAAUUUUAUCCAACAUGUUUCUGGCGGUCAUGUGACUGUUACGUCUAGCUCAAGUCAGAUACUGAAGAGCAUCACGACAGUAUCAACCCCCCUGACUAGACUGCUUUUGCAGUCAGUUCAGGGGCACGUGAACCACUUCAAUGAUGGAGGACUCUUUACUGUUCUUUUGACAAUACAGUAAGCAUACUUGAGGCCCUUGAGCUGCAGUUAACACUUUUAGAAUACACCCUUUAUAAUACGUACGAGUACGUCACUUUGGCAUAGGACCUCGUUUUCAUGUAUGGAACAUUGAACAAAUGGGGAUCCAAUAUCUUCCGACCUUCUUGUGAACGCAAUCUAAUUAGCUUUUCUCACGGUCGAUUUUUCCGCCAUUUUGGGGGUACUGCCCUAUUGAGAGUCUCCGCACCACGAAAUACAACUUUUCAGUAUUGUAGUUGUUUGUAUAAUGGUAAAUUUACAGUUACAACUUUUAAAAAUCGCUUUUCACGUUGUUUGAAUUAUCUAGCCAGUCUAGGAUCUUUCACGAGGGCAGACGCCAGACAGUACCCCCAAAAUGGAGGAUUUUUGCCUUCGUGAGAAAGGGUAAUUAGCAUCAUUGACAUUGACCUCAAUCAGAAUAGUAUUCAUUUCUUUCCAUUUCCUUUAGACUGAUAGAAUCAUCAUUAAAAUGUGGUCUCCCAAGGCAUACAGUGAUUGCAAUAAACGAGCGUGCUCUUACUACGAUCCUCACACAACUCGAGAGUUCAGAUCUCCCGAUCAAACUUUCAGCAGAUCUCGGCAAUAUGAACCAAAUGCUCGGUGUCAUACGAUCAAUUCUCGUGACAAAACCUGCAACUGGAUUGACCAGCAACGAACUACAAUCAUUGGCUGUCGUGUUGCUACGUGUAAGAUAUUGAGUAAAAUUAUUGUUUGACAGCAGACGGUCAUGGUCAACUUGACAAUAUUGACACUAAAAUGCGAGCAAAAUAUCGUAAACUUAUUUGAAUUUGCCUCCAAAUACAAGUCAGAGACUACUACAUAUAAUGAAAAGAGUUAUUGAAUUAACAUCAUUUUCUCACUCUGAUAACUGCAGUGAAACCAACGUAUUUUUAAUGGCAUUUUAAUUCCGAAUCAUUUUCUAGGGAUUUUUAAGCUGUAUACCUACAUCUAGAAACAAGAUGGUGUCGUUGGAUAAUUUGAGAAUUCAAGACUGUGAAGGACCGUCAGUCAGCGAAUCGCGUUUGAAAAACGGAAUUUUAUUGGAGGCAAAAUGUCAUCCUGUUAUUGAAACGAUCUAUGUAUGUUGAAACUCUUUUUAAGAAAAUAAUGAAAACGUCUAACGACGUCGAGAAGUUCGGAAGCUAAAACAAACUUUAUUAAUAUCAACUUUAACGCCCGUAUUCUAAAAGCUCACUCACACUCAAUGAGUGGAGGUUCAAUCUGAGCUUUUCUUGAGUGUCAAUGCUGUUUUUGAAUAGCUGGAGGGUGAGUAGUCACAUGGUAAGGUAUGACACUAACCCUCCAGCUAUUCAAAAACAGCAUUGACACUCAAGAGAAGCUCAGAUUGAAUCUCCACUCAUUGAGUGCGAGUGAGCUUUUAGAAUACGGGCGUAACUGUUCUCUCUACAGGUCCAGUAAGGGCAAUCUCUUAUUGGCUCAGUGUUACAACGGAGAAAGAAAACCUAUGGUGUUUGACAGCUAAAGUGCAAACACUUUACCCAGUGCACGAGAGAUAAAUCAUGAUAAGACAAUUGUACAUUGCAGGGAUUAAAUUAUGGUCACAGAUCUAGAGGUAGAAGGAACAUGUACCAGCCAAAAAUCCUGUGAAAAUACUAAAAGAAUAUUUCAUUCUAGGAAGGUAAAGAUGGUAUUAAAGUGGCGCUAUUUGAUUGCUCUCUUGCGGGCAAUGUUAAUGAUGGAUGGUUGGAUAAUACCAAGACAGAAAUCUCAAACAACUUUCUCACAAUAGAAGAUAACGUUUUAACAUCAAUGAUGAGAAUGGUGGAUAGCUUGAUUGAUCAUGGAGUUAAACUUAUAGCUUGCCAGAAAGUUAUUCACCCAACCCUUCAACAAUACAUAACAAGAAAGGGCUUGUAUGUUAUCGAAAGGUUGUCAAUUUGCCACAUUGAAGCUGUGCAGAAACUGACUGCAGCUAGAUUGUUAAGCUCUUUCCAAGGCAAGAUGACUGAAGACAGUUUUGGUUUGCUUAACAAGAUAAACCUAUUGGUUAUUCACAAGAAAAGGUAGUUGAUUUUCACAUGUACUAUGAACUGCUCUGCCAUAACCCUAACAUUAGCCCUAAACCAAAGCGAACUCUGUUUCUGAGUUUAAAUUCUAAACCAUCUUGAAAACAUCGUCCAUCUCUUUUAGCCAUUACCAUCUGCGCCUGUGCUUUUGCCAAUGAUUGUAUUUAAAGACUGAUUUUCAUUACACAACUUUUGCCUAAAACUGACGCAUGCAACCUGCUUACAACUCGAGUUGUAAAUCAAGCACACAAUUCUCCUACGUUGUCGUAGUUGAGUGCUUGAUUUACACAGUACAACUCAAGUUGUAAGCAGGCUACAUGCGACAGUUUUAGGCAAAAGUUGUGUUGUGUAAAAUCGUCCUUAACAGGACUAAUACAUCUUGUACUAACUCCUCCAGGUACAUUCAUUUAAUCCCGAAUUCAAGCACGCAUCCCGAGAUUUCCACGCUGAUGUUGUGUGCCCCAGAUGAACAUGGUUUAGACGAACUAAAGUUACUUUGCUCGGCAGUUUUACAAUCUUUGAAACAGCUCCUAUAUCAGCCAUUCCUUGUUCCUGGUGCGGGAUGCUUUGAAACCAUCAUUGCUGGUUUAUUGAUGCAAACUGCUCAAGAAUUUGAUGGUUUGCCAGAGCUAGAUUGUUCCAAACGUAAGUGAUGAAAACUUAGCCUUCUUAAGCCUUAGGAAAACAGGAAAAAGUACAUAAUGCAAUGCUGUUAAGUGGUCUUCACAAAGUGCUCAGUCGCCUUGAAUUAAUCGUUUUUUGUUAAUUUCUUUUAGAGCAAUAUUCGAGGGGACUUCACUCAAUAUCCUCAGUCUUUCUCCACAUUGCCAGAACACUUGACCAUGAUGGUAAUAAUCAUCUAGUUGACAGAACCACAAUUCACCAUUGGCUCACUCAACCACUGGCAACCAAGCUUACCACCCCUCAACACUGUCUGUGUGGCCUGGUAACUAGUCACCAGGACACUGAAUGGUACAUGACUGAAGAAAUGUGUGGUAUGCCUAGGGGUAUUGAUGUGCAUAGGUCAUCAACUGGGGAUGUCAAGAACUUUGAGAAUGUAGUACUUGAUGUUAUGAGCAUGAAAGUGAAUGGAAUAAAGACAGCAUUUGAAACGGCAAAUACAAUAUUAAGAGUUAAACACUUUGUCAAAGAAAUUUUUGAAUAAAUAGACUAAGAUACUAGUUAUAUUGUUUGUAUAGCUAGGUUCCACUAUAAAGGAUGGUUUACACUAUCAAAGUUUCUGUGAUUGCAUUAAGAAUUUUGCAUUAGCUAAGUAUUUUGCAUAAGAUUUUUUGAAGGAUUUGUAAGAAAUGUUUGAGAGAACUGACUCGGUGUUUAACACAUUCCGUCACUAAGUUCAUUCCUACUGUGAUCAUAAAAACUUUGAGAUGGAUAACUAUGGAAUUAAAUUUAUUAAAAAAUAUAUACAUACAGCAUUUACAAUAGGUUAUUGGGUUGUGUUCAUUAUAAAAACAUUUUCAACAGGCCUAGAAAAUGCAAGUAAAAUCAGUAAAUUAGUACUGCUUAGUGACAACAGAUUACUUUUCAUCUGUAGUUUAAAAACUUCGUUGGUUUCAAUAUCACCACUCACCUAUCAUCGUCGUCAGUGGCAACAAGACCAAUUCUUUUAACAACCUCCAUACCUUCACUGACUCUCCCAAAUAUACUGUGUUUACCUGUAAGUCGAAGGGUUUCAUAGAUGGAAAUUUCUGAAUUAAAC